AUGUCCUCCUGCUCGUCCUCCGAGCCCACAACUGCCCAAGCGCGCCCGCCGGGCGCACGCGAAGCCUCUUUGAGCCAGUCUGGCCCGUCAGUGUCCUCCCUCCCCUCUUGUUUCCUGUCAUCCGAUCGUGACGCCUCUCGACAGGUUUUGGCUAUCCUGUACCGUGGCGGUGAGGCUGCUCAGCAAGAGCCCCGUCUGUUGGGUACCAUCGAGAACCAGCUCGGUAUUCGCUCAUGGCUCGAGUCUCAAGGCCACGAGUUCAUCGUAUCCGACGACAAAGAAGGCCCGAACAGCGACUUCCAGAAGCACAUCGUCGACGCGGAGGUGCUGAUCACCACUCCCUUCCACCCUGGGUAUCUCACCCGUGACCUCGUUGAGAAGGCCAAGAACCUCAAGCUUUGUGUCACCGCUGGUGUUGGCUCCGACCACGUUGAUCUGAAUGCGUGUGUCGAGAAGGGCAUUCAAGUCCUCGAGGUCACUGGCUCCAACGUUGUAUCUGUCGCAGAGCACGUUGUCAUGAGCAUCCUCCUGCUUGUUCGCAACUUUGUCCCCGCGCACGAGAUGAUCGAACGCGGUGACUGGAUGGUCUCCGAGGUUGCUCGUAACGCGUACGACCUCGAGGGCAAGGUUGUCGGCACGAUCGGCUGUGGCCGCAUCGGUUACCGUGUCCUCCAGCGUCUCACACCCUUCAACUGCAAGGAGCUCCUCUACUUCGACUACGCUGACCUUCCUCCUGAUGCUGCUAAGGCUAUCAGUGCCCGCCGUGUUGCGGAUCUCAAGGAGAUGGUUGCGCAGUGCGACAUCGUGACGGUCAACGCCCCUCUGCACGAGGGUACGCGUGGCCUCGUCAACGCCGACCUCCUCAAGCACUUCAAGAAGGGUGCGUGGCUCGUCAACACUGCCCGUGGUGCUAUCUGCGACAAAGACGCUGUCGCCGCUGCGCUGAAGUCCGGUCAAAUCAACGGCUAUGCUGGCGAUGUCUGGAACGUGCAGCCCGCGCCGAAGGACCACCCCUGGAGGACGAUGAAGAACCCGAUCGGCGGCGGCAACGGCAUGGUGCCCCACUACUCCGGCACGACGCUCGACGCGCAGGCACGGUACGCCGCUGGCACGAAGCAGAUUAUCGAGAACUACUUCAGCGACCUGCCCCAAGAGCCCGCGAACAUCAUUGUCGGCAAGGGCAAGUACGAGUCGAAGGCGUACGGCCAGCGGUGAGCAUUGUGAAACCACGUACGCCCCUAUGCGCCGCCGCCUAUGCCGGGUCUUGGUUGUCGUGUAAGAUACCUCUGUAUUUCGUAGCGUUGUAAUGAAUAACCACCUCCUACUGCUCGUGAUGUCCUUGGAUAAAUGGGUCUACGUAUCAUAAUCAGGCCCUGUGUCCAAUGUUGGCGGCACGAUAUUCCACCGAAGAAGUUGGGGCGCAGAGCUUCGUGAGGUGAAAACUCAUUCGAGAAGGGUUCUGUCUGUCGCAUCCUGCUCCUUCCGCUCUCACAUGGCCUAGUUGUUCGUGUCUUCUAGACUGAUUCGCACUGAAAACCCCCGCUCCGUAGACGACUCAGAGAAAAGGCUUUGGACCGGCUCUGCGAAGCUGCAGGUAAUGUACUAUCGGGAAUGACGUUCAGUCUCGACAAGAUGAGAGACUUCUCGCUGAUCGACUACAGCUCCCCAACUUCGAAUUGUAGU